GUGGCCGGACCACCACCGGUGCCUUACCAUCUGUCGCCCACGAUCCACCCAGAUCCCCGUCGGUGGCUAGACCACCACCGCCGCCCACCUUCCGCCCAAAUCCCAGUCGGUGGCCCGACCACCACCGCCUCCUACCAUCUGCCACCCACCUUACGCCCAAAUCCCCGUCGGUGUCCUCUACGACCGAUCCACCCUCCUCUUCCAGACCGAGACCUCGUCAAGCUCAACUGAAGUUCCAGCCGAGCAAGAUUUAAGUAGUGCGAAGUUUGAGAUGGUCGAGCUGGAGCUCUACUAGGCUCCUGUUCAUUCUGCCAGCUUGCACCCUUUUGCCGCUGACUGACUCAGCCCGGCUGUCCCUACGACCAGAAUAAAUUGCAGUGGUGGUGCUACUCCUCCCCCUUGUUCUUCUCCAUGCGCUUAAUGUUUCUAUUCUGUUCAAGAAUGUUGAGUUGGGCAAGUAAAAAUCCCAUCAAAUCUUGUUAGAUUGGGGACAGAUGCUCCAGAACUAUGAAGCAAUAAUCCUUGUAUAUAGUUAUUUUUCUGAAUCCCAUGAAAUAGAGCACUUGUUGCGGCAGUUGCACUAUAGAUGCGUUGAGGAGAUAUACGUACAUAUGAUACAUGUGGCAUAUUCAGUAUGCAUUUUAGCGUAAUGGAGUUGAACUCUGCUUCUGUUGGAACUUUAUACACUACGAACUUCCUACUUGUGUCCUUGGUCUUUCUGGCGGUUGUCGGCCAAUGUGCAUGUGAUAGCUCUUGCAUAUAGGCUGAUGCGAGUCACAAGGUGGGGUGGCAUUCCUAUUCAUUUUUUUGCAAACACACCAAGUGAUCGUGCGAUGGCCAGGUGAAAGCAAUGCCGUCAUUCUGCAAGUGGCGAAUUCACUGGUGAUGCCCCAACUACAAGAAAUGGAGGUGAGUUUGCAGCAACAUGCUUCCCCGAAAACAUAGGGGAGGGAAGCAGAUGAUCAUGGCUCAUGCCAAUGGUCUCCACCAUUCCUGUAAAAUUAGCUGCAAGUUUCUUUUCCUUCUUCCCCGUACCUGUUAUCUCUUUACUUCGUGCCAUUUCAAAAUCAUAUGCCGCCAUUGUCACACCGCGGUCACGUCUUGCUGCAGGUCCUUCUCCCUGCCGUUAAGGGUAUGGAGAACGGAUAAAAUCUCGAUCACCCAUCAUUCCAUUCGCUGUUUAGAACUAUGCAGUGACAUGGAUUCCCUGCGACAGUGUCACGCCCCUCUCAUCACCUCUGGUCUAGCCGAGAGUCUCCACCUUCAGACAAAAUUGGUGGCCAUGUAUUCUCUGCUUGGAAGUUUUGACGAUGGACUAAUAGUUUUUGAUCGCAUUAAGAAUCCAGAUUCCUUCUCGUGGAAGGUGUUGAUCCAAGGCUGCGCUAGAAAUCAGUUGUUUUCAGACGUUCUUUGGGCAUAUGGGUGCAUGAGACGAUCAUCUCAAGACCACGACAAUGCUGUCUUCUCAAUGGCCUUGAAGGCAUGUGUACAAUUGCGAUUUUUGGAUGAAGGAAAGCAGAUUCAUUGUGAUAUUACUAAAGUUGGUGGUUUUGACGAUAUUGUCACCGUGGGAUUAAUGAACCUGUAUUCCGAAUGUGGGGACAUCCGCGACGCUCAUAAAAUGUUUGUUGAAAUGCCUGAAAGAAAUGUGGUUGCAUGGACCUCGAUAAUUGUUGGCUACAUGCACAAAGGAUCGUUAAGCGAAACUUUGAAACUCUUCAAUCAAAUGCUAAGGGAGGUGAAGCCCAAUGAGUUCACUAUGGCAAGUUUGCUCUCAGCAUGUUGUCAGCUGGACUUCUUACAGCAAGGGAAAUGGGUCCACUCUUAUUUGAUCAAAACAGGACUAUAUCUGAACUCUUUCGUUGCAACUGCACUUAUGGAUUUGUACGCGAAAUGUGGCAGUAUUUCUGAUGCUACCUUGAUCUUUGAGCAAUUGCCUUAUGCUGAUGUUGUCUCAUGGACAUCCAUGAUUGUUGGUUAUACACAGAGAGGCUUGUCUAUUGAAGCAUUGAAGAUUUUCUUGAGGAUGCGACGGACGGGACUACUUCCCAAUGAGAUGACAAUGGCUAGCGUCCUUUCUGCUUUUGCUCAACAAGGUUCUCCAGUGGAAAGGCAGUCAAUCCAUGCACUUGUGAUUUUACUUGGCAUGGACAGAGUAUGUGAAGUGAACAAUUCUCUUGUUGAUAUGUAUGCAAAAUGCCACAUGGUUACAGAUGCCUUUUGUGUAUUUGAGAGAAUUUUGCAUAAGGAUUUAAUUUCAUGGAACACAAUGAUCAAUGGGUUUUCUCAAAACAGGCUUGGGGUUGAAGCUUUGUGCCUCUUCCAUCGAAUGAGGUUGACACAAGUUUCACCAGAUGCUGUCACAUGUGUUGGUGUCCUCUCAGCUUGUUCUUCAUUGGGAGCUCUGGAAACGGGCACCUCAUUACAUGGUUAUGCUGUCAAGGUUGGUAUCCUGUCAAAUGUAUAUGUGGGUACUGCUCUCCUCAAUCUGUAUGCGAAGUGUGGGAGUGCAGGUAUGGCCAAGAAGGUAUUUGAUGAGAUGGAUGAGAAGAACAUCACAACAUGGAGUGCAAUGGUGGGUGGUUAUGGGAGGCAUGGUGAUGCCGAAAAUUCUCUUACUCUUCUCCAAGAUAUGUUACAGACGGGUGUGCAGCCCAAUGAUGUAAUCUAUACUAGCAUUCUUUCUGCAUGUAGUCAUGCGGGGAUGGUAAGCGAAGGAUGCAGACAUUUUGAUGACAUGUGCAAUGGUAGUUAUACCCUGCCAUCUAUGAAGCAUUAUGCGUGCAUGAUUGAUAUGCUAGGCAGAGCAGGAAGGCUUGAUGAAGCAGUGGAGUUCAUAAGGAAGAUGCCUCUGGAGCCAAAUGCUGGUAUUUGGGGUGCACUGUUUCAUGCUUGCAAAAUUCAUUCAACCAUUGAGCUUGGGGAGAAGGCAGCAAAUAUACUGUUGGAUUUACAACCUGAGACGGGAUACUACGUGUUGAUGUCAAACAUGUAUGCAGAAGCCGGGAGGUGGGAAGAUGCAGCUACCAUACGGGCCUUAAUGAAGGAAAGAAGGAUGAAGAAAUCACCAGGUUCCAGUAUUUUAGAUACAAGAAACUUUGUUGCUUCAUAGGAAACACUGUGAAUUCUGAAGGCGUUGUUAAGGCAUUGUGUAUGUUAUUUUUUUUGGGCUCUUAGUCACAAAUGUUUCACUUAUAAAGGCUAGUUUAGAGGGAGAGAGGAUGUACAUCACAUACUUAUAGACAUGUUUUAUCCUUAUGACUGCCAAGUUGGAGUUCUUUGGUUGUAAAUGGUGCAACUCCACACCUUCAUCCACAUCUGUGCAAUUGGAAGGACCAUGUGUCCUGAAGAGAAAACAAUAUUCAUGUAAUGAAACGAUAUCCACAUUGAUGCAUUCUGGUUUAUUCUUCUAUUCGAACUGCAUCUCUUCAACUGCCGCCUUGGCGUUUUCUUCAAAUUGAAGAUGUUACAUAUUUAUAUUGAAGUAAUUGAUCAGAAGAUAUAUGGACCAGUGGAUUCAGCUAGAAAGGCUCUUCAAUCUGUUUCUCAACGGCUUCUGGAAAAUCCUCUGCCAGAAAGGAGUAUGUUUUCUGCAGGCAAAUCAAUAGUUCUGACAACAUAUUCACUUGGUCUUGUCUCCCAUUCAGAAGUCCCACCUCCCAUAAGUUACCAUUGAUCUGCUCAUGUCCUCAUCAUACCCUUUCCUUGUAUGACGGCAGCAACAUUUGCACAAGUGCUUCUGCUUCUAUUUCUAUGUUUCAUAAUCCUGCUAGAUCAAGUUGGGUUAAUAGUCGGCAAGAUAUUUUUGCUCCUAUUGUAGGUAUUUAAUAUGAUCUAUUUUGAAUGCUCUCCAGAAAGGCUGCUUCUUUUUUCCAUGAGAUAUGGCUGUCCGCUGUGUACAGAAGUUGGCUCCUGAUGUGACAGAGUAAUAACUAGUGGAUAGUGUUGAAUUAGAAGAUUUUAAUUAUGUUUCUAGGUGGCUCUUUGUAAUAUUAAAGAGUUAUAAGAUCACUUUAAUAUUUCAUUUAUUUCUGUUUGAUGUAAUUUGUAAAUCUCCUUUCUACCCUAAUCUCUUUAUAAUGGAGAUUAGGGUUAGUGAAUGAA